GCGUACGUAGUUUAACAAAUGCAGAUUAUACAAAACAUACAAAAUUAAAGUUUCUAUUAUCCAUAAUCCGUUUUCAACUUGAGAAAUAUCUGUCCAAAACAGGGGAAAUAUAAUUAAUUAAAACAUCUAUGUGAUGAAGGCGUGGGAGGCAACGGUGAGGAAGACGCAGGCGGCGGCCCGGAGACGAGCCCACACGAUAUUCGGCACUUACGGAGGCUCCACCGUAGAGGAACUCAACGACGUCAUCGACGAUGACCAGGAUGAGGCAGUCGCCGUCGUCGUCCUCAACUGCGGGCAUGCAAACGGAGAGGUGUACCACGCCGACAGGUUUCUCCCCAACGGCGAUUACUACACCGGGCAGUGGGCCGACGAAGCCCCACACGGGCAGGGCAAGUACUGGUGGACCGACGGCUGCAUGUACGUCGGCGAUUGGUUUCGCGGGAAGCCGAUGGGGAAGGGAACCUUCAGCUGGCCGUCGGGGGCUAUAUACGAGGGACAUUUCAAGAGCGGGUAUUUGGACGGUGAUGGGACCUAUACCGGCCCCAACGGCGACACCUUCAGAGGCUCGUGGGUGAUGAACAUGAAACACGGCCUUGGGGUGAAGGAAUACACCAAUGGGGACACUUACAAUGGGGAAUGGAGCAGAGGAUUGCAAGAAGGGCAGGGGAGGUACACGUGGAAGAACGGGAACUACUAUGUCGGAGAAUGGAAGUCUGGGAAGAUUUCGGGCCGGGGAAAUAUGUAUUGGACUAACGGGAAUAUGUACGAAGGGAUAUGGGAAGAUGGGCUGCCCAAGGGAAACGGGAUAUACCGAUGGGCAGAUGACAGUUACUAUGAAGGAAAUUGGAGCAAUGAUUCAGCUGAAGAGCAGAAUGGAACUUACCAUUCUGCUGCUUCAGAAGGUGAGGAUAAUCGCCAAGAAUGGACUCCUGGGGAUGUUUAUAGUCAUGAACUGAAGGAAUGUAAGGUUUGUCCCAUUGACAAAGUCACAGUUUUCCCUUCUCAAAAGCUUGCAGAUUGGAAAUCCGCAAACAUGGCAGCGAAGCAUAGGAGAAUGUCAGCUGAUGGGAGAUUAGAUGCUGCUGUUGAUAAAGAGUUUGCAGGAAUGAGGUUGUCAGAUUGUGCUGGGACGCCAACGAGCAUCUUCUGUGCUCCAGACGACACCUUUGUCGGUACUCAGCAGCAAGAAGAUACCAUAUUGAGAAGGAACACUCUUAGAAUUCCCAAGAUUGUUAAAAAACAAGGCGAGACUAUCUGUAAAGGGCACAAGAGUUAUGAACUGAUGCAGAAUUUGCAGAUGGGGAUCAGGCAUUCAGUUGGCAAGCACGGGGCUGCAGCGACAUUGGAUCUCAAACCAUCAGCAUUCGAUCCCAAGGAGAAGUAUUGGUCUAAGAUUUCACCAGAUGGAUCCAAAAGUAUGUUGCCAUUUCAGUCAUGUGAUUUCAGAUGGAAGGAUUAUUGUCCAAAAGUUUUCAGGGCUUUAAGAUUGUUAUUCAAGGUGGAACCAGAUGAUUACAUAAACUCCAUAUGUGGAAACGAUGCUCUCCGGGAGCUCUCUUCUCCCGGAAAGAGUGGAAGCUUUUUCUACUUGACAAAUGACGACCGUUACAUGAUCAAAACGCUGAAGAAGGCGGAAGUCAAAGUACUAAUAAGGAUGCUAAAUUCAUACUAUAAUCAUGUGCAUGGUCUGGAUAACACCCUUAUUACCAAAUACUUCGGGUUGCACUGUUUGAAGCUAAAUGGCCCGACCCAAAAGAAGGUGAGGUUUGUCAUAAUGGGGAAUCUCUUCUGCGCAAAUUACACAAUUCAUAGGCGGUUCGACCUCAAAGGGUCAACAUUUGGGCGGUUAACAGAUAAACCAGAAUCAGAGAUUGAUUCAACAACUACUCUUAAAGAUCUUGAUCUCAACUUCAUAUUCAGGUUAAAAACCCCAUGGUUCGAAGAAUUCCAAAGGCAAGUUGACAAGGACUGUGAGUUGCUUGAACAAGAGAGAAUUAUGGAUUACAGCCUCCUGGUUGGUGUUCAUUUCAAAGAAGCCACCAGCAAUGGAGAUUUAAUGCCCAACGAUGGUGGUGCCUCAGAUAAUGAAUCUAAUCCUCAAGAAGAAGAUACGGAUAACUCGGAUACUUCAAGGAAAGGUGAGGUGAAACUAGGCAUAAACAUGCCUGCAAGAGUGGAGAGGACGGAGAGGAAGAGCGAAGGGGAGUUGCAGCUGGUGGGAGAGCCAACAGGAGAGUGCUAUAAAGUGGUGUUGUUCUUUAGUAUCAUAGACAUACUCCAAGACUAUGAUAUCACUAAGAAGCUUGAGCAUGCAUAUAAAUCAAUCCAGUGUGAUCCAAACUCCAUCUCAGCUGUUGAUCCCAAGGCAUACUCGAGGCGGUUUCGGGAUUAUAUUUUCAAGGUGUUUGCAGAGGAUACUUAGAAGAAACUGCAAAAUGGCUGCUAGGAAAUCUUCUGAUUGUAGUUUAUUUUAAGCCUUGCUGCUGCAAUUUCAUUUCGGGUACAUAUAAGUUCUUUUUCUUCCAUUCUUUUGCAAGUCUAGAACAUAGGCCAUAUUGAACCAGAGGCUUGGUUUUUUAUAUUAACCGAGCUGAUUAGCUCCACUUUUGAUUAUUUAAUAGUUUACCUCAAAAAGCGCUCUUGGAUUGAGCUUAAUUGUUUAUACCUCUAUUCCUAAAUGAGUUGUCAAUUUUAAGUGAUAGGUAAAUCAA